AUGGAUUCUCUAAUUGAACACCUACGAGGAAUGGAAAACAAAAUUGCUAACCUUGCAACUACUCUAAAAAGAGAGGCAGGUCGUCUUCCUGGAAGGACCGAUGCUAAUCCUGGAGCAAAACGCCAGACAUAUGCCGUAAUGUUACGAAGCGGAAAACACCUUGAAACGAAUCCCAGAGAAGAUGCCAGCAAUAAAAAAUUCAUCGAUAACGCGGGAAAAAGCAAUUCCAACCCCAUAGAACUUCUCGACAAUUUCUCCGACUCAGGAACAUCAGAACAAAGGAAAAACUCUUCAAAUAAAAAGAAUCAGGGGAAGACUAUAGAAUUAGACAAAGAGAAUCCCGAUGCCGAAUUCGAAAUCGACCAUCUGGACGAACCAAAUGUCGAUCGAUCCUCUGGGAAGGAAAACGAUCGACCGUCUAGCGGCACCGGCGAUGGCAAUACGCAAUCUACCGGGACUGAAAGAGUCUAUAGAACUCCUCCCCCAUUUCCUCCAAACAAACCACAAACAAAGAAAGCAUUGGAACAUGCAAUCUGCAAAAAGGCUUUUGAUAAAAUCAUUCUCGAGAUGUCCCUCAGUGACGCUCUUAAGAUAGCCCCCUCGGUGAAAAAGUACGUAAAAGAUAUGAUAUCCUCGAGUGGAGAACAAAGCGUCAUGCUGGUGUCAGAGGAAGUAAGUGCGAUGAUACAAGGAGAAACUUCAAUUAAAAGGUCUGACCCUGGUAGUUUUGUCCUAGAUUGUAAGAUACAAAACGCACGUUUUCCUCGAUCUCUUUGUGAUAUUGGCUCUAGUGUAAACCUCAUGCCACACUGUGGCAGUUUCACUAGGUUAUGA